AUGCUUCGAAUUCUGCCUACAUCUCUCGAAAACCUGCUGCUCUUGAACGACAAAGUGCAGGCAUACUCGGUCGUCCAUAAUCAGACCAGAGCAUGCUACGGAUGCAAUAAGAAAUCAGACUCUUUGAAGAAGUGCUCCAAGUGCGGGUUCUUUUGGUACUGCAACCAGGACUGUCAAACUCGGGGCUGGAAUGAGAACAGUCACAAAGCGGACUGCAGAAUUCUCAAGAAUGAGGACGUCAAGGGGCUCUUUCUCGUCAAGUGGGGUGAAUUUGAGACACACAUGUCUUUUCCCCUGAGCGUCUAA